CGCCGAGCGCGCUCUUCGACCUCACCGGCCGUGUCGCGCUCGUGACGGGCGGUGGCACUGGCCUUGGUCUCGCGAUGGCCACGGCGUACGUGCGUGCCGGCGCGCAGGGUGAGUGUCGCAGCAUCAGCGGCCCGAGCGAGAUGGCGUCUGCGCGAUGAGCAGCAUGCAGCGGGAACAGAGCGCUGGCUGAGGCCUGGACUGCAGUCAGCGCCCGUCGACUCAGCAGGCCGUCGGCUGACCUUCUGCGCUCAGUGUACAUCUCGUCGCGCAAGAUGGCCAACCUCACCGCCGCGGCCGAUGCGCUCAAUGCGAUCCGUGCUGGCUCGUGCGUGCCCAUCACGUCGAACCUCGGCGAUGCGGCCGGCUGCCAUGCGCUGGCAGACGAGAUGGCGAAGCGCGUGCAGCAGCUCGACAUUCUCGUCAACAACAGCGGCGUGGCGUGGGCGAGUCCGAUGGAGUCGGUGGAGGAGCGUCGCGGCUGGGACAAUGUCUUCAACCUCAACACAAAGUCGGUCUUCUACCUCACCGUCGCGCUGCUGCCGCUGCUCAAGAAGGGCAAGAGCGUCGAGCAGCCGGCGCAGGUCAUCAACAUCUCGAGCAUCUACGGCAGCCUGCCGCACGCCAACAUGCCCACCGCCAAGGUCGGCCACGGCGCGUGGAGCUAUCUGAGCUCCAAGGCCGCUACGUCUCAUCUUACGCGCGUGCUAGCCGCGAAGCUCAAGCCUGAGCACAUCAACGUCAACGCACUCGCACCAGGCUUCUUCCCGACGACCAUGACGCGCAGCGGCGAGAGCGAUGCGCUCGACGCCUCGCACCCGGGCGGCCGCAUGGGCUCGCAGUACGAUCUGGCAGGGCCAGCACUGCUGCUCGCGACCAACGCGCAUCUGUCGGGCGUCACGCUGCCCAUCGACGGCGGUGCCACACUCAUCCCUGCUGCCAGACUGCCACCAGGCACGCGCGAGAGACACAUGCCCGUCGAGCGGGCAGAUCGACUGAAUGCCAAGCUGUGAUGAGAAGCCCGACACGGAAUGCAUCGGAUGACCACCCAGGC